CUUCCACUGCUGCUCCUGCUGGAACUCAUGAGCAAUUGUUCAGUAAAGGUGGAUGAUACAGUCCUUAAUCUUACGGCACAAGAAUGUAGCACUUACUCUCUGUGUCUACAGGGACACUGCACUACCCAAGAGCUCCAAAAUGUAAGCACCAUCCCAGGUGAAAUGAAUGGAGAAAGCAACUUGUCCUAUCGAUGCCUCUUUCAUGAAGAAUUCAAAUAUAUCCUCCUGCCUGUGUCCUAUGGAGUUGUCUUCUCCUUGGGCUUUGUCCUCAACACCCUGGCUCUCUACGUCUUUCUAUUCAGAGUUCGGCCUUGGAAGGUCAUUAACUUAUUUAUGUUUAACUUGGCCUUGUCUGACCUGCUCUACGUCCUGUCUCUUCCUUUGCUGAUCUUUUACUAUUCCAAGGAGAACGACUGGCCUUUCAGCGAGGCCCUGUGCAAAAUAGUGAGGUUCCUGUUCUACACCAGCCUCUACUGCAGCAUCUUCUUCCUCCUGUUCAUCAGCAUCUACCGAUUUCUGGCUGUUUGCUACCCAAUCCGGUUCCUUCGCUGGGGUCACAUGCGUUACGCCAGGAUGGCUUGUGCCACCAUAUGGCUUGUGGUUAUUGGCCUGCAAUCUCCCAUGUUGUACUUUGUCACCACCAGUAGCCUAAAAGGCAACAUCAUUUGUCAUGAUACCUCCAGAAUUGACCUCUUUGACCACUUUGUCAUCUUCAGCACAGUGAACCUGGCUCUGCUCUACUGUGUCCCCUUCAUUAUAAUCCUGCUUUCUUAUAGCCUUAUGGUUUAUACCCUCAUGAAGCCAACGGCCAACGCCCUCCCCAAUUCUGACUCCAAAAAGAAGUCCAUCAGAAUGAUUGUUCUUGUCCUCAUUGUCUUCAUUGUCUGCUUCCUUCCUUUCCAUGUCACCCGGACCUUGUAUUACUUUAUUAGGAAGACAGAGUGGGACUGUGGGACACUAAACACUGUAAAUGUGCUCUACAAAGUCACCCGACCCCUGGCCAGCGCCAAUAGCUUCAUUGACCCCAUUCUGUACUUUGUGGUGUGGAGAUUUAGGGUUAACAGGUAGGGGGUGCUGACAGCAGGAGGCAGAUUUCAUUCAAGUAAAUGGCAGGCUAUACGGGUUCAGGCAGACAGUGGGCAUUUUGGGGUUCUCAGUGUUGAAACUGAUAAAUACAGCUGGAAUAGCUAUGGAUAGAGCUUUGGUUAAAUUGACACCCAAAACUAGGCUGUAGCCUUUUUCAGUAACUUAAAGCACCCUAAGCAGGGAUCGAUUGGCCCACAGGACGACUGAAAGAAUUUCCGGUGUGUCUUGGUCCUAGUGGGUCCCACUGCCUGGGCUUAGCAAACUGGUGUAACCCAGUCCAGCACUGACCCAAAGUUAUUUCUGGCUACACCCCUGUCAUGCCCUGGCACCUACAUUACCCAAGUUAAGAGGUGGGCACAUCAUGGGCAGGGUUUAGGGAGGAUGGCACAUGGUUGGAGCAGAUCAUAGGAAUGACGAUGCACAUACUGUACCAUUUUAAUUAUCAUUGGGGACCUAUUUUAUUUAUUGGUAGGGCUCACUGACCAAUGGGAUAAUAGUGGGAGGUCACUGCUGCAUGUGUGGGUGUGUAAAACUCUAUAUUAAAGUGAUACUUUAUUACAAAUAAAUUAUAAUGUAUGUACCUAUGCACAGUGAGUUUCUGAUAUGUUUCCUAUAUAAUAAAGUGUGAAUAGUGAACAGGAGUGAAAUUCAAGUUGAUCCCCAUUGUAAGCAGCAGUCCUGUCCUGCUUUAUGGCAGCUGAGAUUCUAGCUAUCUGUA